AGAUAUUGCCGAUCACAGUUCGCGUUUGCAAGCGUCGAUAGCGUUUGUUUAAUGUGAUUGUGAUUGUGAUGGUUUGUUCAGGAAACUAAAUAUAAUUCCAUGACAUACUUAAGCUAAUCUUGAAGUUUAUAUUUAAUUUAGUUAGUAAAUACGUGACAGAUUUUAAAAAUUGUCUCUAUCGUAGGUAUAGUUUAGGUUAGUAAUCAGCAAGCAGUUUUAAUAGAAUAUAAGCAAAUUCAAACUAUUUGACAUGAUAGUAACAAAUUGGCUUACGUCCAUCUUCGGAUAUGUCUGUGCACUAUAAGUUCAAAAGUGCCCUAGAUUAUGACACGGUCACAUUCGAUGGUCUGCAUAUAUCAGUAGGAGAUUUGAAAGCUGCUAUUUCCCAGCAGAAAAGGAUUGGAAAGACAUCUGACUUUGAUCUGCAGAUAACUAAUGCUCAGACUAAGGAAGUGUACAGUGAUGACGGUACUUUAAUUCCUAAAAACACAUCACUCCUAGUGGCCCGAGUACCACUGUCCCAGCAACCUAAGAAACAGUGGGAAGGCUCUAACAACAAUGCGGCAUUGCACAAAGAUGUCUCUGUUAACAAAGGGCUGGCUGAUCUGUCUCGCAUGGAAGGUAGCGAACAGGAUAAAAUAAAUGCUAUGAUUUCUCAGUCCACUUUUGACUACGACCCUAGCAAUUAUCAAAAAAUUAGAGGACAAAAUCAGAGAGGUGUAGUGCCAUCAAAUUAUGUUUGUUACAAGUGCCAGAAGCAUGGACAUUGGAUCAAGGAUUGCCCUAUAGCUAAUUCAACUGACCCAAUAGAGAUAAGAAGAAGUACAGGAAUUCCUCGUAGUUUUAUGGUCCCAGUUGACGGACCUAAAGCCCCGGGAGCCAUGAUGACCCCAAGUGGAACCUUUGCUGUACCUGCCGUGGAUCAUGAGGCGUACCUGGCGUCGGAGAGCGCGGGCGGCGCGGAGCUGGCGGCCAACGCGCCCGCCGCGCCCGAGCCCAGCAUCCCCGACGAGCUCAUCUGCAGCCUGUGCCGCGACCUGCUCACCGACGCCGUCAUGAUCCCCUGCUGCGGGAACUCCUUCUGUGACGAGUGCAUACGAGGAGCAUUAUUGGAGUCUGAGGACCAUGAGUGCCCAGAUUGUCGCGAAAAGGAGAUCGCGCCCACAACAUUAAUUCCGAAUAGGUUCUUGCGCAACUCUGUGUCGGCGUUCCGGAACCAGACGGGCUACAGCCGCCGCGCGCCGCACCGCCCGGCGCAGGCGCCGCCGCCCGUCCUCCCCAAUCUAGAACAACCACCACCAGUGGUGCCAAUGCAGCAACCCCUGAACGGCCCGCCGCCGCUGGCCAACAACGGACCGCCAGGAUUGAAACCUCCUGGCAUGGAUGAACCUCCCAACAUGCCAAUGAAUGUACCCAGAGUUGACGAGCAGCGUGCUAGCACUCCCACUAUUGAUGAAGGAAGGGAUCCCAUGGCAUCUCAGGGAUCGUUUAACCGCGGUGCGCCGCCACCGUUCCUUGCAGGGGUGCCGCCACCAGGACACAGAUUUAACGACCCGGGGUACUCGCGCGGGGCGGGGCGCCGCGGGCCGCCGGGGCCGGGGGCGGGCCGGCCGCCCUACGAGCGCUUCCCGCCCGAGCCCUACCAGCCGCCGCCGCCCGGCAUUAAGGACGAGCCCAACGGGCACGGCGAGGACCCGCUCGAGGCGUUCAACCGGAUGAUCCGCGAGAAGGAGAUGCGGGCGGCGCGGCGCGAGAACUCGCGGCGGCGUCCGCCCAGCGGCUCCCCGCCGCCGCCGCGCCGCCGCCCCCCCAGCGCCUCCCCGCCGCCGCCGCGCCGCCGCCCGCCCAGCGCCUCGCCGCCGCCGCGCUCCCGCAGCCCGCGCAGCCCCCGCAGCCCGCGCAGCCCGCGCAGCCCCCGAGUGCGCCCGCCCAGCCGCCACCGGUACUCUAGGUCGCGCUCGAUCUCGCGCGGCCGCCUGCGCCGCUCGCCGUGGUCGCCGCGCCGGCGCCGCACCCGCGACCGGUCUCUGUCCCUGACGAGGUCGCCAUCCCCUCGUCGCCGACACCGCUCCCCGCUGCGGUACCGCUCGCCGCUGCGCUCGCCGCUGCGCUCCCCGCCCCGCUCGCCGCUGCGCUCCCCGCCGCGGUCGCCGCUCCGUUCGCCGCCUCGAUCGCCGCACCGCACCCCGCUCCGCUCGCCGCACCGUUCGCCGCACCGCUCGCCUCUGCGUUCGCCGAUGCGCUCGCCUCGUAGGUCGGCGAUGCGAUCGCCGCCGCCUAGAGCGAUGUCGCCUCAUCGGUAUCCCGGACUAUACGACGAGCUGCUGUCGCCGCCGCGCCGAAACGUUGAGCCGCCGUACGGACCCAGAUAUGGACCAAGAAACAAUGGCCCACCGCCGAUGUACCCUAACAUGGGGCCAAAACCCAUUCCACCAUUAUCGAGUAUUCCUAUUCAGGAGCCGCCUCCUGGGUAUCGCGGCCGAUAUGACGGACCGCCCUUUGAAGACAUUCCUCCUGGACUUGAACCUCCAGUGCCUGGAUUUGAGCCUUCGCCGUUCGAAAAACCACCUUAUGCCCCACCUGGACCAAUUGAUCGUGAGAGGAUGCCGCCAUCUAAUUAUCGAGAUUCUUAUAGAGCACCUUUUGUAGAAGGUCCCCCAGGGUACAGGGAUAUGCCGAUGCCGCCUGCGCAAAACGAAAUUCCUGUUCACGUAGGCGAUCCACCUCGAUUCCGUGAUAAUUAUAGAGGCCCCGGGCCGUACCGCGACCAAGGCCCGAUGCCGUAUAGAGACGGACAACCGUUCCGUGAAGUGGGCCCGGGCCUACCAUACCGUGAUCCUGGUUUUAGAGGAGGACCGCCAGCGCCCUUUAGAGAAAACUUUAGGAAUGCUCCAUUUAGGGAUGGCGGUUUUCGAGAUAACCCACCUCAUGGUUUUCGUGAAGGUCCUGUACCGUUCAGGCCGCCGAGUGUUGACCCAAGAGAACCACCUCCUGCGAAUUACCACGAUCCUGCUUUCCGCGAUGGCUUUAGAGAUGAAAACAAUCCGGGAAGAGAAAUGCGUCCUGGUUAUAGACCUGGGGUUCGUAACAGAGGCCCUUCAAGACGUAAUCCUAACUUUGAGCAGGAUAGACACAGGGACCCAGAAGGUCGUGAUAGGGAACGCUAUGGGGAUGUUAGGGAUCCUGCCGAAAGACCGCGUGAUAUGGAGAAAAGAGACAGGCUCCGUGAAGACCGACCUCGCGAAGAACGGCCUCGUAGUGAUAGACACGAAAGGAACCGAGAAUAUGAAAAAGAGAGAGAACGUGAGCAUGAAAGAGCUACACCCGAGAAAAAAGUUCGUGGGUCACCCAAACGUAAUCGUGACACACGCGAUAAGCGGCGAAGCGAAUCCAGAGGUCGCUCUCGUGAUCGAGACCGUGAUGGAAAGCGAGAUAAGAAAGAAGACAGACUUCGGGAUAAAACGUCUUCCGAAAGAGCCAAAGAGCAUAAAGAGAAGGAAAAGAAAUUGAGGGAUAAGGAAAGAAAGAAAAAGAAGAGAGAAAAAGAGAAAGAAAAAGAUACAGACAAAAAGAAAAAACGAGAGAAAAAGGAUAAAAAGGACAAAGAUAUCGUUAAAAAAGACGACAAGGAAGAAAAAGAGGAAGACGAAGUUGAAAAAUCUAAAAAUAAAGAUGACACCGUAGGCGAGCAAAAUAAAGUAGACAGUGAUAACAUUGCCGAUGAAACCAAGAUAAACAAUGAACUUGGUGAAAACAAUAUAAAUGAAAAACCGGAAUCUCCAAAGGGAGUAGUAAAAGACGAACCUCAAAAUGAUUUAUAUGGCGAUGAACCUGCAGAAGCAAUAGAUAAAGAAAUAAUACAAAAUUACGUUAAAAAUGAAGAUAAUGAAGGCGUUAAAGAGGCAAUAAUUGAGAGUAACGUUGUUCCCGGACCCAAAGAAGAGCCUUUUGAUGGAAUUGUAUUACAAAUUACUGCAGACGAAUUAGAUUUGAAAGCAGAUAUAGAAGGCACAACCGAAAAGGAAAUGUUGGCGCCUCUACCCGAGCUAUCAAAAUGGGAAGUUGAUGAUGACAAUACUGAAAAGAAAGAACCGGGUGAAAUAACCUCACCCGAUGAGGAGGAUUCGGGUAAAGUAACUUCAGAAGUUCUGAAGCGUGCUGAAAAUGCCAUAUUUGCUAAGGCAAUUCAUUCCCUCAGACCAAUCGAAAUAAAAAAAAUAAGCAGCGAUAGAGCCAAACUGUAUGACGACGCCGCACAGGCGAAAGGUUCCUUGAAUAAUAUUCAAAUUACCGUUCCGGUAGCAGAUCCCGAACAUAGAUCUAUAGAAAUAAAUGAUAAAACCAAGAAGAGAACAUCUAAAACUCCUCCUCCUAGAUUGUCUGUAAAAGAACGAUUAGGUGGUAAAGUGGAUGACGUACGUAGAUCGAGAGAACCGCGUGUUGUGCAUAGUACAGUAGAGCGAGUAAAAUCUCGGUCUAAAACACCUAAGAAGGAACAACCGUAUCGUAGAGUAACUGUUGAUAGAGAUAGAAGUAAAAAACCAGAUUCAGUCAGCAGAAUAGAAUCAAAAGGGGAGAAGCCUCGUUUGAUAGCGGACGCUAGGGGGUUGCAAGAGAAAUUUUCAAGUCGUAGUCCAAAUCGCGAUAAAAAACGAAAAGACAUAGAUAAAGGUGGAAGGGAGUCUAAAAAGAUAAAGUCUGAACCAGGUGUCGAUUCUCGCAGUCAAGAUAAAGGUAUGUCUAGUGCCGUAAAAACGACUGCUGAACGAGAGAGAAAGAAGUCCACCUUGGACGAAGCACACUUUGAGCCUGAUUACGACGAGACAGUAGAGUCUGAUCAUGAAGGAAAAGACGAUGCCGUCGGUAAAAAGCGCGAGCGGUCGAUGUCACAAACUGUAACCAGCGAAGUUAAAAAACCUAAAUUAGAAGAAGAAACAAUCAAAUUAGAUUUAGCUAACGUUAAAAAGAAACCUGAUACCGAAAGUGAAUCCUCAAGUGACUCUGAUACAUCGUCGUCAUCCUCUUCGGAUACUCGUAAACGCAAGAAGAAAAAGAAGCGUAGCAGCAAGAAAAAGAAGAAACGAGCCGCUAGCGACAGCGAUAGCGAUUCCGACUCCGAUUCUGAUGACCACAAGAAAAAGAAAAAGAAACGUAAGCAUAAGAAGAAGUCUAGUAAGAAGAAGAAAAAAUCUAAACAUAAGUAAGUCCUCAUUUGACGGAAUUAGUCAUAUUUACUUACGUAUCGGUAAAGCGUAAUUUUAACAUUAUGUUCCUUUUAUUUUGUUCCCAAUAAUUAGGAUUUUUAUCGGAACAUUACCUUUACAAUUUCUACAGUAGGUAGUGCAUAAAUGCACUUCAUAGUUAUAAAAUGUAAUAAACUAAUUAUUUAAUAAUAAUUAAUAAACAUAUUCUGGUGGUAUCAA